GGCUGGCGUCGUGUUGGCAUUCUAAGUUCAUAGUAUGGACUUAUCCACUCCACAGUUAUCCCAAACGUAGUUAUAAGGCAGAUAUUCUAUGCAUCUUCACGAAGAAAAAAAUAACGAAAAUUAUCGAAAACAAAUUAUGCAAUGGCGUGGUUAGGCAGAAGCCUUGGCGACAGUGUUUCUUCGUUGACGGGACACUUGUCUAGUCUCACUAAAGACAUUCUAACAGAAGGAACUGAGGAAGUUAGCGAUUAUGCUACAGAACUGAAUCUUGCCAAAGAGAAAAUUCAGCAGCUAGAUAGUGCUUACAGUGGCCAGAAAUCUGAGAACGAGCGUUUAAAGCAUGCUAUUCAUGAGCUGGAGGAAAAGGCAGAAUCAUCUGAGCUACAAAUCAAUGCAAUUUCCAGAGAAUAUCGCAGUCUGCUAGAAGAGAAAGAGAGGGAAAUCAACAAGCUAAAGCAACAGCAUCAUGAGCUUCUUGAGCAUCAGGCCAAAGUAGCAUUGCAUUCAUCACAAGAGGCUGAGGUCACAUCAGCACUCAGCUCACAAGAAACAAGGCAGUCACAAGACUAUCAAGAUGACGGCUUUGAUGGCUGGGCAACUGAAGAGUGGGGUGACUUUGAUGACAGCCUACGGCUUCAAAGGGAGAUAAACCAUCUGCGGCAGGAGGUGGUGCGCCUGCAUGCAGACAGCCAGCACUGGCGCUCCGUUGCUGGGCAACUGAGUCAAGCUGGAGGAGUUGGAUUGGACCAGCAAGCUCAGCAUGAGAUUCUUAACCUUCAGGCUAAAGUCAAGGAACUGGAAAAAAAUGCAGCAACUGCUAGAGAGGAGGCACAACAUGAAAUUGCCUCCCUUCAAGAUGUACACAGAUCAAAACUGGCCGCCUUGAAAAAGACUCAUAAAGAAGAAAUAAAUCAGCUGAAAUCGAAGGUGUCAGACUUGGAGCAACAGCUUGCUGAUGCUACAAUAAGAGAUGUUGACAGCAUGCGUGCUGCUGGCAGUUCUCUCUUGCCAGAAUCAGACAGGGAGGAGUGUGAUGUGUCUAUAGAGUCUGUCACAAUGCAGCUGGCAACACUUCAGGCUCAGCUGACCUCCAUCAUACAGGAAAAAAACAAGCUUUUUGCUGCCAACAAGCACCUUGAGGGGCUGGUGGAGGAAUUGCAGGAGGAGGUGGGCCAGCUUCAGACUGUAAGGGAUGAGCAGGCAGCAAGAAUAACAGAACUGCAAGUAAGCAUCGGUCAUCAGGCACAGCUGCAUGUACAAGAGGUGAAGGUGUUACAGCACCACAUUGAAGAGUAUAAAGAGGAGCAGAAUCGCCUGGUCCAGGGUGAGCAGCAGGUGGGACUCGACCUCUUUCUUGCCAAGCAGUGCCUUCUGGAUCAGUUGGACGCCAACCAUGCUGACAUCCAAGAUCUGUUGAGCAAUGUAUCCAGCAUUCGGCAACAGUUGUCUUCACAAGCAGCAGAGCGCCAGGAGUGCCUGUUGAUUGAGAAACAGGCAAUGGCCAACCGCCUCUACUCUGCUGGCUUGCAGGAGUCGAGGCUUAAGUUGGGCAUUGCAGAAGCUAGCAUGCAUAUGCAGGAAACAUCUAAAGAAGCAGCAGAUUUGAUUGAGAAACUGGGAGACUCAGAGCAACAAGAGAAGACUGCUGCUUUUGUAGAUGCUGUGGAGAAAGAAAAUCUGUUACUGAGGGAGGAAAAAGUAAAACUUCAAGAGCAGAUCGCAUUGUUGGAAAGACAGGUGUCUAAGCAAUUUGAAGACUGGAAGCAAAAUCAAGACACUAUUUCAUCCUUGAGGCAACAGCUUAGAGUGAACAAAGACAGGGAAGGGUAUGAGUCUGAAAACACACUGGAUCAAAGCUUCACAUCUGGAAGUAAUCACCUCAACCCAAGUGAAAGAGACAAAGGUGAUGAAACAUCAGACUGGCAAAUUGAAAAAGAAGCUCUAGAGGAUGUUUUGGUACAUCUAAGGCAAGAGUUACGCCAGAAGGAAGAGCAUAUAAUGCACCUCUCAGAAGGAAAAAUGGAGAGUCAAGAUGACAAUGAGAGUAAAAGCCUGAGAGAAGAACUCGCUCUUUUAAAGCAGGAGCAGGAUGCCAUGCAGACAGAACUCUCCAUAGUUAGAGACAGUGAGGAAAUGCUGCAGCUUGAGUUGUCUUCUUUGAGGGAGCGAGAAGAAGUGCUACAUGCAGAGAGGCUGGAACUUGAGACAAGUCUCGGCGAGCUGGACGAUCAGUACCAGGAGACCACAAACCACCUCAUUGCUGUCCGAGACAGCCUGCAGGUUCAGCUUGCUGCUGCACAGCUGCAGGUGAAAGAGCUUCAAGAAGAGCUAGAGCGCCUGCAGCACCAGGAAGGCCCAGUGACUUUCACCUCUGCUGUCCCAACAUCUGUUAGAAAAACUCUGGAGGUUCACCACAAAGACAAUGGUGAGCAGAUGAUCUCACCAACAUCAGGCACCAACUCGCCAACAGAUUCCUCCUCCUCUUCUUUUGAGAUGGUGGAAGAUCUUAAGCAGGAGUUAAAGAAAACACAGGAUGAAUUGGCAGCUUCUGCACAGCAGCUGGAGCUCAGAGAGGUUGAGGUCACAGAGCUGAAGGUCAAACUGCAGAAGGGGACCAUGGCACUGAAUGAGCUGCACAUGGACAAGAGGGAGCUGGAGGAGGCCUUGAGGCAGAGGAAGGAGGAGGUGGAGGAGAAGGUGGCCAAGAUAAAGACUUUCAGGGAAGAGAAGCUUCAGCUGUCAAAAGAAAACAAAGAUCUCUCAGAAAGACUUCAGGAGUUGGAGGAUGAGCUGGAGUCCUGGCAGCAGAACAACGAAGAUGUACAGGUUGGGAAAAAAGAUAGAGAAAGCUUAAGAGUCGAGCUUGUGUCUGCACAGACUGAGCUCUCAACCCUGCAGCAACGACUGGACUCCAUGUUUACAGAGGCAGAGGAGCUGAGGGCCCAGUGUAAAAAAUUACAGAUGGAGAAGGACAGAAUUUCUGAGGAUAUGGUGUCUCAGAGAGAGAUGCUGUUUCGAGAAAAGGAAGCAGCUUUGCAGAAAAUUGGACAACUUGAGUCUGAGAUGACUGCACAAAAAGACUUGCUCAGUGCACAUGCUAUAAGUAGGGGGAGUGAACUAGAGAGUCAGAUGAUCAGCCUUAAGGAACAAGUUGACAUGGAGAGGGCAGAGAAAGAACAGCUUCAAAAGAUGGUAUAUGAACUUGAGAAACAGCUGACCAGUAGAGAAAACGUUUCUUGUUCUGAAAGGUCUGGUGAGAGCAGCACUGCAGAGGUCAGUGUUGAAAGUCUUCAGAGGCUGAAUCAAGAUUUAGUUCAUGUAUUAUCUCGGCAAAAGAUAGUAUUAGAAAAAAUGCAACAGAUUUUCUUUGCAGGACAGGCUUUGGAAGAGAUGACUAGUUCUGAGUCAGGUAAUCAGGACUUGGUUAGUCAGUCCCUUCCUGGUCUUUGGGAACAGAACUGUCAUUUGCUGAACUCUUUACGCAUGCAGCUGGGGGUUAUGGAAGAGAUUACAAAGCAAGAUGUGAUUCAGAUGAAUGAGAGUUGGACGCCUGUUGAGUUAACCAAAGAAUCAUUAGUAACUCAACCAAGCUUUGCUGAAUCUGACCAGGAUGGUGUAAAUCUUUUGACAAACAAUCAACAGUUGCUAGAGACAGUGAGGGCAAAGGAUGUGGAGAUUUUCAACCUGACAGAAUCUCUGACCAUCUCCAGACUGCAGAAUAAAGAGGUGGAGAAUGCUGUUGCAGCAGCAGCAGAUCGCCACCAAAGUUUAGUGCAACUUUUGUCUGAGCGAGAAUGUGAACUCCAGGCACUGAAGGAAGACAACAUUAGCUUGUUGUCUCUGUGUGAGGAGAUCAAGGCUAAACUAGGUAAUACUGAGUCCUCUGCCAACAGUUUGACUGAGAAGCUGCAAGAUGCAGAUAAGAAAAUGCAACAGUUAAAAGUUGAUCAGGCAUCUGUCAUUGAAUGCUCUACACAGUCUCUAAUAGAGGAAAAUAAACAGCUUAAGGAAUUUGCAGUGAAAGUAGAGGAUGAGUUGAGUGCAUUGCAAGAGAAGAUAACAAGGAUGGAAGCAGAACUGAAAGAAAAGGAAGAUAUUUUGUUGUGCCACCAGACGGGCAUCCAAGAGAUGAACAACAGAUUUGAGGAGCAAGCAAAAGCAUUAGUCAAAGAGAAGAAGAAGACAUCACAGCAGGAAGAUGUGAUGGUCUUGCUACGUGAGACUUUAAUUAAAAAAGACCAAGAGAUUGAGAUGCUAAAAUCACAGCUGCAUAAUUCCUUCAGAUUUCUCAGUCCUGAGCACCAGAAGAUUAUUAGGGAAGAACAAAGCCUAUUGCCGUCAAGUCCAAGGAUCAAUCUGCCAGCAUUGGAAUUUCCACAGAAGCCUGCAAUUGAGCUUAGAAAAGAUACUGAGGACACUGAAUUUAGUAAGGAGAAAGAAGAUAAGGCAGAGAUUGUGAAGGAUGUAACAUCUUAUGCAGUUGAAGAGGUAGACGAUGAUGAAGAGAUUUCCAUCCAGGCUGUGGAAGACAUGGCAUCCUUUGUACAAUCUGUGGAUGACCUCCGCUUACGCUUACAGGAAAAGGACCAGAUUAUAUCAGAUCUUCAACAGCAAAACUCAAGAUUCCUGCAGAUACUAGAUUCUCACUCUCUCACAGAGCACAGCAGCAAAGAUGCUGCUAGUGUCCACAAGCUGGAAAGUGAAGUGAAGGCACUAAAAUUGGAAAAGGAGCAGAUGAUGGCUGUGCUGAAUGAAAAAUCACGCGAGGCAAGUUCCCUCAAAGCAGAGGUAAUGAGGCUGAUGAACGUCAUCUCAGCAGAGAAGUCAGUAAUUGAAAAGCUCAAAAGAGACAAUCAGGAACUCUCAGUGAGCAGAGUUCAGCAGAAGGAUGACAUCCUAGAUGGCAUGCACAGAGAGGCCUUGCAGAACCUGUCCCGUCUCGUGCGUGACAGGGAGGUGGAGAUUGAGGCCCUCAAGCAGAAAAAUGAGACUCUUAUGGCUGUUCUCCAAGACCUAAAUCAGGGAGGAGGUACAGGUAGUGCUGAAGGUUCAAAUAUGGCUGCCAGUCUUGGUACACACCUUGCUGACAAGGAGAACCUUGAGAAACAGCUGGCAGCACUUCAGGCAGAGCGUGAACAAAUGGUGGCUUUUGUGAAUCAGAAACAUUCUGAGAGCUUAGCCUACCAUGCUGAAAUCCAGCGCCUCAUUGCCUUGCGGUCGGAGGAGAACCAGCACUCUGAGCAACUUCAGGCAGAGUAUGACAAACUCUGUCAACAGUUUGAGGAUAAAACUCAGUCCCUCUUAAAAGCCCAGAAUGAUAUCAUCAAUUAUCGCCAGAAGUGUGCAGAACUUGAAGUGAAGUAUGGAGAAAUGCUGCAAAAGUCAAAUGCCUCAGGAGCAGUGGAUUCUGCAACUUACCAUCUGGUGGAGGAAGAAAAGGACCGACUCGCCACAAAGCAAGAUGAACUUCGGCAUAUGCUGCAUGAGCGUGAUGAGAAGAUUCGGGCAGUGACACAGAAAGCUAAUGAACUGGAGAAUAGUCUUCUGACCCGAGACUCUGAGAACAAUGCUCUGAAGAAACAUGUAGACAGUCUCACUUUCCAGCUGCAGACCAUAGCUCACCAGAAGGAAGACAUAAUCAAAGAGAAGGAAACUCUGGAAGAGAAAAUGCAGCAGAGGGAGCAGGAGGUCAAGAUGCUCAAAGACAUAAAUGACCAUUUCACCCUAACAGUUCGAGAAAAAGAGUUUGAGGUGGCUUCUCUUCAGGAGAGGUUGCAAAAAAUGCUGGCACUGGCAUCAGAACAGCAGGGAGAGAAGACCCAGGUGGCACAGUUGCUGCAAGACCAAGAAGCAGCGGCUGCAGCAAUGGGACAUCUGCAGCAAGAGCGAGAUCAGCUGAUGCUUGCCUUGAAACAGCGGCAACAGGAUCUCAACACAGUGCAGACAGAGAACCUGCGAUUAAAAGAAAAAGAACAUAAGUUAGGUCGUGAGGUAGAGAGACUCCGUGGUCACCUCCUCCAAAUAGAGGAGGGUUACACACGUGAGGCUCUUGAGGCAGAGGAAAGAGAAAAAAAUCUACGCAACAGACUGGCUGCUGCUGAAGAGAAACUUUUGUCCUCCACACACGAUAUACAGAGGGCCAGCCAGCAGGCAUCACAGAGGGUGGAGAACUUGCAGCAGCAGCUGCAUGUCAUAGCCUCUCAACGGGAUGCAGCAUACAUGCAAGUGGCUGGUCUGCAGGACCAGUGCCAGCAGUACUCCACAUCACUUUCCAACCUCCAGCUUGUUCUAGAGCAGUUUCAGAGAGAAAAAGAAUCUCAGGUUGCCAUUGAGACAGAACAUUACCAGAAACAAGCUCAGCAACUGCGGGAAAAAGUGCAGGACCUGCAAACACAGCUUCAACAAACCAAGCUUGAUCUAGAGGAAGCCUCAGAUGGUCUUGCAGCUGCAUCAAGGCUUAGUGAACAGCUUGAUCUGAAAGAAGAGGUUAUUCAAACUUUAAAAGAAGAAGUGAAGCAAAGAGAAGAGGAACUGAAAAAGGCUGAAGAAGAUAUUAAUAAGCUCAGUUCAAGUACAGAUGCUAAAGUUGACAAAGUACUUAUGAAAAACCUGAUCCUGAGCUACUUUCAUACUCCAGACAAGAAUCGUAUGGAUGCCAUUCACUCGAUUGGGGGCCUACUGGGCUUCACACAAGAAGAGUUUAGAAAGAUUGAAGAGAGUCAGGGUCAAGGUGGCUGGGUGGCUAGCUUUCUAAAAAGAGCUCCUCGAUCACAUAGUACAACACCACCUUCUACACCUAUACAUAAGGCCAAAGAUCCUGGCCUCAGCCAGUCAUUUUCACAGUUGUUUGUCAACUUCUUGGAAAAAGAAUCUAGUCCACCUCCAGCCCCUAUUCGCCUGCCAGCAGAGGAGAUGGCACGGGAAGCACAGCAGCGUCACCUUGGUGACCCUCGCAGCAAGCCAGUGUUUAACCCUUUCACUGCUCCGCGACAUGUGUCCAUGCCUUUAUCAGUUGGACCUUAUGCAUCUACAUCAAUGUCACCCAAUUCACACCUGCUGAUGGCCCCACCUGGCUCCCCUACAUCAAGUUUUCCUGUGUUCACACCAUUCACAUUUUCUGAAGAGAGCAGACAAUCUGCCAGUCAGAGUAGCAGUGUUGGUGGAGUGAGCCGACCACCCCCCCAGACAUCCAGUACUAUUCUUAAGGAUGUCCUUGGAAGCAGAUGAUAACUUCUGGGGUCUUCAUUCUUUUUGUGUGUGCAUGUGUGUGAGAGAGAGCUCAUUCAUCUCUGUUUAAGUAUCUAUUUGCCACAACAGAGUUUGAUUUCAUAUUCAUAAUAUAUUACUGAUAACAAUACAUCUGGUAUUCAUUUCUCCAAGAAUGAAGUCUUUUGUAAACUGUGUACACGUGUGUGGGGAGGGAGCGUUUAAAAAAAAAAUGAUACUAGAUUUCUUCCCUUUCCCUCAUUCCCAAAGCACAACUACUUAAGACUCAGUAGAAAACAGUGUAAUAUUUUGUGGCUGGGAAAUGCAAGUGGCUUGGAGGUUGUGCUUUCUUAAAGGCAAGUAUUUAGCCUGCAUGAUACCUGUGAUCACAUGUGAUUUUCUUCCCUUUUCCUCAAGGGCAAAAUAUGGAAAUGCCUCCAGACAUCAUACAAGCAGAAGGGUGGGGAAAUGCACUUUUCACUGUAUUGUUUUACGUUGUUGUUUUUUAGUUCAGGGAUGAGUGCUUUCUGCAUUUUUUUCACAAAUCAUCUGCACUGCAGGCAUGAUAGGAGGCUUUAUUUUUUCCUGCCAAAAUAAUGUACAGCUACUGUUUGCAUUAAAAAAAAAACCAACCCUAUCUCUUACACUUAUUUGCGGUGGACUCGGUGCUUAUAAAUGCGUGUAUAAAAGUUGCAUUCAGCUUUGUAGUUUUGACCAAAAACCUUAAGUAUAUUUUUGCAAUAUGAGUCAUAAGAAAUAUUCUAUAAAAAGUAAUUUUUAAUGAAAGACUGUUAUUAAGUAUUCAAUCUUUUAUUAUGACACUAUAUUUAGGUUUAGUUCAGAACAGGAUUUUCUAUGACAUUUGCUCUGAAGUUUUGUUUACUAAAUUUUCAAGUGCAAUGGAUACAAUUCUGAUGUGUUUCUUUACAUUUUAUUCAUGGAUUUUGUUUGCCAAAUUCACAGCACCUGAGUGCACAUGAGAGAAAGAGUGUGUGUGUGCAUGGACAUUAAGGCAUGUAUGAGAGGGAGUGGUUGUGUUUGAAACAUUCAUAUACCAUCUUGCAUGUUUAAUGGGGUGCUCGUCUGCCUAUGUUCAUUCAUUUUGUUCAAGGAAGGAAUUAAGCUUUUUCAUAUUUCAGUCCAACAACACAUCCAAGGAUUUUUCAUACUGUUUGCCCAUGCCUGUCUAGAAAUCAUUUAACUAGCAUCUGCCUCUCACCAUUGUCUAGCGAACAAGUGUCUACCUCUCAGUAUUAUUUGUCUCGCCAGGCUGAGAGGUAACUUGAGACAUAAGCCAAGCAGAUGUAUGUCUUCAAAAAAAUUCUUGCAACAUACUUAAAAAAAAAAGGUCCUAUUUAAAAUAAAAAUGCAAACUUGUACAUAUGUACUGACAUAUUUGGGGAAUAAGCUGCAAGAUAUAUUGUAGGAAUGUGCAUUUGACAUGUUCUUUGUGGUAACAUAGUUGUAAAAAUGAAUUUGAAAAUCCACAUAAAUGUACCAUCUUGCAUGUUUUAUCUGGGGAACAAGAUUAUUUAUUAAAGACAUUUUGUGAAAGUGAC